AUGGAUGAAGUGGAAAAGGCAAUACGUAAUCCACCCAGCGACACUUUAAGUAUUUCACCUAGACAUUCCCUCUCAAGAAGCAAAGAGAGUUCGGAAAGGCCAGAUGAAGAACUUGAAACCCUAUCGAGUGGGGACUCGGAUGGAUCUUCAGACGAAGAAUUUGCAUUUGCCUCAAAAAAUUUAACUAGAGAGACAAUAUCGAAAUGUAUGUCUGAUUUAGGCAUGGACAAUAUUUCGGACAUGGACGAAUCAAAGUUGCUUCUCAAAUAUUUUAGGUAUUGGUCAUUGGAUGAUUUGUCAAAAAACUUGACUGGGCUUUUGAAGGACGUGAAUUCUGAUUUAGUUGAACUUGUGAAUGACAACUACAUGAAAUUCAUAUCGCUUGGAAAUUCUCUAGAUGGAUGCUCUGAUUCAGCCAAUGAUGUGAAGAUUGAAGUUUUAAAUUAUAGGCAGAAGCUACAGGCAGAGAACUCAAACAUUAUAUCUGAUUUGAACAUGACUGACGGGGUUUUAGGGUAUAAAAGACAACUUACAAUGUACCAACAUGCAAUUAAAUUGCUUAUUGUGCUAAACGAACAAACAGAGACUUUCGGCCGCCUUUGCAAAGGUGAACAAACAGAAAAACGAAUAAGACACAUUGUGGCAUUAUACAUCAGCAUGAAUAAACAGUAUUCAGGAUUAGUGAAGAUGAUGAAUGACACAGGAAACGGAAUCAAGGUGCUUAAGAGCUCUGAGAUGAUGCGCACACUAAGCAGACGAAUGAACGCAUUACGGAUGGAAUUUCGAAGUCUUAUAGAAACACAAAUGGAAAGUCUGAGAACAAGCGGGAAAACACAUGAAGAUAAUGUGCACAUAUUUGAGCUAUUAAAGCUGUAUCAAGUGGCUGUUGAAAGUGAGAAGGAGUACGCACAAGGAAAUUAG